AUGCCUGACAUCACAACACUACCAAGUUAUCCACUUGACCAAGAUGCGGAGCAGGGCGUUGAGGUUAUUCCCAGCCAUCCGCUAAGCGUUAAGCCAAGUGGCAACGCACUUUUAGCCACAUUCAAUCUUCGUUCGGCAAUCGGAACAUGGCAAAUGCUACCUGAUGAACUAAUUCUGAUGCUACUGGAAUGUUUGGAUGGGGCCAGUCUAUUGAGUUUCGGAAGAACAUGUAAGGCUUUCUAUGCAUUUACCCGUGCAGAAGAACUAUGGAAGGCUCUUUUUAUCCGAUGCUCUCCGGAAUCAUUCACAUGGCGUGGAACAUGGCGUUCAACAUAUUUGAAUCUCCCAGCCAGCAAAGUCCCACUGGUGGAUUGUUCUAACCUCUACUCGGAUGCUCUGUACCGCCCAUUCAACUGCGCGCAUAUCGUGAUGGACCCUUAUGUCUCUAAGAUUCCUACACGCAAUCAAAUUCCACGUCUGCCUGACCUUUCACCGGAAGACUUUCACGAAAACUGGGCAGACCGCCCAUUCAUUCUAACCGAGCCUGUCAAGGACUGGCCAGUCUACAAGAACUGGACGGUUGGACACCUGCUCUCCAAGUACGGACAGGAAAAGUUCCGUGCAGAAGCAGUCGACUGGGUUCUCCGCACAUACGGUGACUACAUGGCCGACAAUGCUGACGAAAGUCCACUCUACCUGUUUGAUCGGAACUUUGUCUCAAAGAUGGGACUGGCAGUCGGUCAGCCCAGUGAGACCCCUGAUGCAGCCUAUUGGCCUCCAUCGUGUUUCGCUGAAGAUUUUUUUUCCGUCCUGGGCAACGACCGCCCUGAUCGACAGUGGUUGAUCGUAGGACCAGAACGGUCGGGGAGUAAAUUCCAUAAAGACCCGAACGCCACCAGCGCUUGGAAUGCAGUGCUUCGUGGUCCCAAGUAUUGGAUUAUGUUCCCGUCUGGCGACAAGCAGGCUCCACCGCCCGGUGUUUUUGUCUCUGAUGACCAGAGCGAGGUUACCUCACCGCUCAGUAUCGCCGAAUGGCUAUUGACCUUCCAUGCAGAGGCACGGCGGACUCCAGGUUGUAUGGAGGGGAUCUGUGGUGAGGGCGAGGUUCUACAUGUGCCAUCUGGAUGGUGGCAUUUGGUUGUCAACUUGGAGCCUUCGAUCGCUAUUACACAGAACUUCAUGCCUCGGGCCCAUCUUUGUUCCGCACUGGAUUUCCUGUCCAAUAAGUCUGACCAAGUUUCUGGGUUCAAAAAGACUGUCCAGAAUCCAUACCAGAAGUUUAUUGACGGCAUGCAAGAGGCAUAUCCAGAACUCCUACAAAAGGCCCAAGAAGAGCUACAAAAGAAAGCCGAGGGCAAGAAACGCAAAUGGGACGAAAUUGUCCAUGGCAAGACUGAAAAUUCUGAGGAACAAGAUGCUGGAGGGUUUAGCUUUGGUUUUGGAGACGAUGGAAGCGAUGUUGAAGUCCCAUGA